AUUAUUAAUAUCGUUAUUCUCAGACUUCUAAGGAGGGCCCAGCUGGAUCCCAUAUAUGGAAGGCGCGACUCAGCCUCCGCGGCAAGCACCUCCCUGGGUCCGGAGUUGCCAUGGAGUCCCGCAGGCGGCCUGGAGGCGAUGCCCCGAGCUCGGCCCCCGGGCAGGUCCUUGGUCUGCGGCCUGGGUCCUGCCCGCGCCGGGGUCCACUCAGCCCGCUUUGCGCCGGCCCUGGGCCGCUCCCCUGGGACCCUGGGGGACAGACAGAAGCUGGUGGGGACUGGCGCGGGCGUCCUCGGGAGAGCGCGGGGCGCGCUGGGCUUGCUGAAGGGCUCCGGGCCUGGCCAUUCGGUGCCUUCCAAAGAGCGGACGCGCCGCGGGGCCCCGAGGGCCUGAAAUCCGCUCCCGCAGGGCAGCCCCGGGCGCGCCACCACCCCCGCCUCGAUCGACUGCGGGGCGACCGCUCGGUCCCGAAGCCGGGAGAGGAGAGGCCGGGCCUCGGCGGGCCGCUCUGGGCGGGCGGGGAGCGCAGCUCCGGGGCCGGGCAGUUCCCCGCGCCCGCUUCCCCCGACCUUUCCCGGCCGGCCCGAGCUCGGAGGGGCGGGGCGCCAGGCGGGCCGGGGCGGGGCCCGGGGAGGAGCCGUGGCUGCGGCGGCGGCCGCGUCAGAGCAGCGCUCCCGCUGCCCGGCGGCUCAGACACGGCCCGAGCGCCGCCGCGGACGCGGACAGAGACCCGCACGGGCACGGGCGCUGCGGAGGAGGCUCCCCUCGCGGUCCGGGGCUGCGCGACCAUGGCGGACAAGGAGGCCGGCGGCAGCGACGGGCCCCGAGAAACGGCUCCCACAUCUGCAUAUUCAUCUCCAGCCCGGAGUCUUGGGGACACAGGAAUAACACCUCUGUCCCCCUCCCAUAUUGUGAACGACACUGAUUCCAACGUCUCAGAACAGCAGUCAUUUCUUGUGGUGGUGGCCGUCGACUUUGGGACCACAUCCAGUGGCUAUGCCUACAGCUUCACCAAGGAGCCGGAAUGCAUCCAUGUGAUGAGGCGAUGGGAGGGAGGCGACCCUGGUGUGUCCAGUCAGAAGACUCCGACCACCAUCUUGCUGACUCCCGAGAGGAAGUUCCACAGCUUCGGGUAUGCCGCCAGGGACUUUUACCAUGACCUGGAUCCCAAUGAGGCCAAGCAGUGGCUGUACCUGGAGAAGUUCAAGAUGAAGCUGCACACCACUGGGGACCUCACCAUGGAUACAGACCUGACGGCAGCAAAUGGCAAGAAAGUCAAAGCCCUUGAAAUCUUUGCUUAUGCCCUGCAGUACUUUAAGGAGCAGGCGCUGAAGGAGCUGAGUGACCAGGCAGGUUCGGAGUUCGAGAACUCUGAUGUCAGAUGGGUCAUCACGGUGCCUGCUAUCUGGAAGCAGCCAGCCAAGCAGUUCAUGAGACAAGCUGCCUACCAGGCAGGCCUAGCCUCCCCCGAGAACUCGGAGCAGCUCAUCAUUGCCUUGGAGCCUGAGGCAGCCUCCAUCUACUGCCGAAAGCUGCGGCUACACCAGAUGAUCGAGCUGAGCAGCAAGGCAGCUGUCAAUGGGUACAGCGGCAGUGACACAGUAGGAGCUGGGUUUACACAGGCUAAGGAACACAUACGGCGUAAUCGGCAGAGUCGGACCUUUUUGGUGGAGAAUGUCAUAGGAGAAAUCUGGUCCGAGCUGGAGGAAGGUGACAAGUAUGUGGUUGUGGACAGCGGCGGUGGCACUGUAGACCUGACAGUCCAUCAGAUCCGGUUACCGGAGGGACACCUUAAGGAACUGUAUAAAGCAACAGGUGGACCCUAUGGAUCCUUAGGAGUAGAUUAUGAAUUCGAAAAACUUCUGUAUAAAAUAUUUGGAGAGGAUUUUAUUGAACAAUUCAAAAUCAAACGCCCUGCAGCCUGGGUUGACUUAAUGAUUGCGUUUGAGUCUCGCAAAAGGGCGGCUGCCCCAGACAGAACUAACCCGCUGAACAUCACCCUGCCCUUCUCCUUCAUUGACUACUACAAGAAGUUCCGUGGGCACAGUGUGGAGCACGCCUUGCGGAAAAGCAAUGUGGAUUUUGUGAAGUGGUCCUCGCAGGGGAUGCUGCGGAUGAGUCCAGAUGCCAUGAACGCCCUUUUUAAGCCGACCAUCGACAGCAUCAUUGAGCAUCUCCGAGACCUGUUUCAGAAGCCCGAGGUGUCCACCGUCAAGUUCCUCUUUCUGGUGGGUGGCUUUGCUGAGGCGCCCCUCCUGCAGCAGGCGGUGCAGGCUGCCUUCGGGGACCAGUGCCGGAUCAUCAUCCCUCAGGACGUGGGCCUCACCAUCCUCAAGGGCGCCGUCCUCUUUGGCCUGGACCCCGCGGUCAUCAAGGUGCGCCGGUCACCGCUCACCUACGGGGUAGGCGUGCUGAACCGCUACGUGGAGGGCAAGCACCCGCCCGAGAAGCUGCUGGUGAAGGAUGGCACUCGGUGGUGCACUGACGUCUUCGACAAGUUCAUCUCUGCCGACCAGUCUGUGGCUCUGGGUGAGAUGGUCAAGCGUAGCUACACCCCGGCCAAGCCCUCCCAGCUGGUCAUUGUCAUCAACAUCUACAGCUCUGAGCACGACGACGUCAGCUUCAUCACUGAUCCCGGGGUGAAGAAGUGUGGCACGCUCCGCCUGGAUCUCACGGGGACCAGUGGCACUGCGGUGCCUGCCAGGAGGGAGAUCCAGACCCUUAUGCAGUUCGGGGACACCGAGAUCAAAGCCACAGCCAUUGAUAUAGCCACUUCAAAGAGUGUCAAAGUUGGGAUCGACUUCUUAAAUUACUAACCCUCCCGCCCCGCUGCCUGCCCCCUUGAACUCAACUUAUCUGCAUCUGCUGACCUCAACCUUGACUGUUCUUUCCCUAACCUUGACCCUCACCAUUGCCCAUGUGAAUUUCAGCAGGGAAGAUGAGAAUAAUCAGGGCUAGAAAUAAUUAGUGACUUUUGAGGGCACUCUGGAGUCAGAAAAACAGAAAUUAAGAUUAAGGUUUAGGCAUAGAAAAUUAAAGGAUCCUGGAGGAGCAGCUAGUUUUCAUAGGUACAAAAGUGGUGAAACGGCCACGGAGAAGGGAAUCAGUACAUUUCUGCAGCAGAGAUUGCGCUGCUUUGAACAGAUAACGGAGGUUAUGUAAAAUUUAGGAUGCCCUAUUGCUGUCUUUCUAGAUUUAAAAUGAGAUCUUUGAACCAGGAGGAGAUCUUCAUCUGAGACUUUUCUUUCUAAAUUUUUUGGAUGACCGUCAAUAUAAAAUGCCACCCGUCUGCAGUUGAUUUCUUUUCAUCAUCAUGUGAUUAAAAGUGGUGAUUCAGUGGGAACUGGGAAUGUUUUUAGUUGGUGGUAGAAGGCUGCCUACACUGGGCACUGUUUUAGAUUCUCAUAUAAUUUAAAUAGCAAGGAGGUUCAGGGAAGAAUAACCAUAGCCUUGGGUAAUCCACUAGGGCUUUUGCGAGUAGGAGAGCUGAUACCUCACAUUCUUAGCAGGUGAAAACUUGCAAUGAUGGAAAUAGAUAGUGAAGAGUUACUGAUGUAUCCCAAAUUAUAUGCUGUGAUAUAAAUUCCCAGCAUGCCCAGCCCUGAUUUCUGAGUUCAAAAGUAAUUCUCGUGAAUCUUAGUAGGAAUUCUGGGUAAGAAAAUGAGGUUGCCAUUGGUCUUCUUUGCAUCACCAAGACCAGACAUCCAGAAGAGCCCCUCACCUUGAAAAGCAGACAGAUUUUAAAUUAACCCCCUCCUUCCCGCUCACCUUCAUCUCCCUAAGAGUUUUGGCCAUUUAGUUCCACAUUUUGAAAGGAAUACCUUGGUGAAAUUUGGGAAGAGAAUCUGUGCUAUGCAGUGUUUCAUUAAAAUCUUCAGUUUUUCAAGUCUCUCUAAAAAUAAUUGUAGAUCUAUACUUGAUAUAUUAAGUCGGUUUUUUUUCACGGCAGGCGUGUGGCUCGCCCGCAUCAGAAUUGCCUGGGUGCGUGUUCAAAACAGCUUCCUGGAUCCGGGCCCUUUUUAACUGAGGCCGACUCUUGGAGAGGGGCACCAGAAUCUGCAUUUGUAGUGUAUACCACAUCGUGGUUCAACUGAAAUUUGAGAAAUACUAACCUGAGAUUUUGUUGAAGUUCACACACAGACCACAGCCCGCACUCUGCAGGUGUCCCCUUUGGGCUCCCUUAGGAAGAGGGCUUCCAUGUGAAGGUGACCCCAUACCUUGCCCUCUUGGUCAAUGGGAUUGGGGCUCCACCUGGCUUGGAGAUGGCACUUUUAACCCUCACAGGAAGGGCCAGGGGAGGAAAAAAAUUGCAAGAAAGCGACACCAAGAACGGAGCUGACUGAGGAACCAACUGGAGGGUCUUCACUCUCUCCUUCCCCACUGUACAAAACCAGUUUUCUGCAACAUUCAGGAGCCAACUGAGGAAAAGAAUCAAGAAUCUGACUCACAGCCCAUCUGAUCUGUUCAAAGCUGUCUUUUCCACCUGCUGAAAUUCAUUAAAUCACUGGAGGCAUGCAUAAUGAAUGGAGAAUGAGUGAACUUCCAAUGCAACUUGGAUUCACAAACCCAUUAUCAUAGCCAAUAUGCAGAUUUUAAACAGCAUUUCACAUUUCAUUUGACCAUGUCUUCUUUUUCACAUUGCCUGCUGCAGAAUUCCCUACUGGAAUGUGAAACAAUGAACAAACCACAGAACUAGAGAGUGCUGUUUAGUCACAUAACUUAGUAGCGGGAUUGUGUAUCCAGGCACAAAGGUGUCUUUGCUAAUGUUCUCUUGCUAUCUGCCCUGCUUCAAACGCUAAAUGGUAUGGGUCUUUCUUUGUUGCCAGCCAUAUUCUACAAAUAAGACUUUUCAAUAUAGUUAUGAGUAAUAUAAUUUUAUGUACAUAUAAUGUUAGAAUAUUGUACAGAAUCUUUGUUUCUACGAUGCGCUUUUCUUGUUUCAAAAAGAGGAAAAUGCUUGAUUUUUGUUGAUGAUACUUUUGUUACUGUCCUUAAUUUUCCAUAGUUUGGUUUCUUAAUUGUGCUCACUAAGCAUCAAUUUGUGCUGAUGCCAAGCUAUGGACUAUGUACACAAGACCGAGCAAUAGACAGAGGUGCCUAGGGUCAGAACACACUGAACACACAUGGACCGCCUGGAUCAGGAGCCUCAUCAGACCCUUCUCCAUGCACAUCCUUCCCAAACAGUCACAGAUUCCACUGAAAGGAGCAGAUUCUAUCAGUUCUUCUGUGCAGACUUUAAGAGCUGAACGUUCUGGUUCUGGAAGCCAUGUGACUGUGCAGAACAACCUAAGAAACCCUUUGCGUCGUAAGGGGUCGUUGACCUCUCCUUCCGGGUCAGAGCAGUCACUCUGAGGCAAAGCGUGGUCCACUGUGUGUGAUGUUUUCAGGAUGCUAGGGUCAAAGAAAAAAAAAAAACAAGUGGUACAUAAGCCCAGCUUUUCUGCUGGGCUAAGUGUAAGUGUGAGUAACAUGGUCAAGCCCCUCUUUUUUGGGCUAAUGUAAAGCCUUUCCCGCAUUGCAUUAAUGCUGUCUCCCUGUGUACUGUUUCUCUUAAAUGAGCAGAUAGAAAUCUGCAGUGUUGGCAGACAGGUGAUGGAGAGGAUGAGAAUUUUAUCUUCUGGCCACAGAGCUGCAGCCCCGGUUGUCAAAGUCCUUAAACGAAACCUCCAAAUCCAUCCCUCCUUCCCUACCCCCACUGGAAUAUUCUAGAAUAAGAGCACUGGAUAAGUACACUUGAACACAUUUUUCUAACCUUAGAAAGUAUCUACAAGGCCUGUUGUCUUGACCCAUUACUCAAUUGUCCCCGGCAUAUCAUCUGAUAUUCACGUUUCUUGGAAGCAGAAUCAUCAAGGCUUUCCUUUGUAACCGCCCUUUCCAUACACAGCAGGCGUGAAUAAAUGCUAAGUAACAGACAGGAGGGGAAAGAGGAGGAACCAUACAACUGUUUUUGCAAAAUGAUGGCUGAGUCCAGAUUAUAGAGGUUGCCUUACCCUUAGAAUGUUAUUUAGACCAAGUUUAGCUUUUAGAGUCCAGGUCUGGUUAAUUGCCAGGGUAGCAAAGAAUCGCAUGCACCAAUGUAAACAGGAGUCAAAACGCAUUAUUAGUCAAAGAUCGAAUUUCACAUUGUAGAGAUGUAUAGCUGUGAUUAAGCUGCAUAUGUAUGCUGGGAAACGGCUUAAGUGGAUGGCUAGUACAAAAGUUGUUGGCCAUAAUGUCACACCUCUCAUCUGCUUGAAAUAUGGACCAGCAUUCUAAAAUAUCAGCUAUUGGGGUCUCGUUCACUACAAGAUAAAUUCAAACUUCACAGAACUUUGCAGCAGUUCACCACCAGACAGGAUUGUGUCUGCAAACUCUCUUGUCUUCACAGACGCCUAAUAAAGCAAAACUCUGAAUCUCA